AUGCCACUACAACCUAUGCCAACAACCACGGCAACCGAUAAGAAACCGCAACCGUGCCAGGAGUGUGGACACGCAACCCGCACCACCACCACGGCCGAGGGCGGGAUAAUCACCCGACCCGACACCACACGUGCAUGCACGGCACAGACAGCGAACUACAUGUCAAAAUUACCGGAGUUUAGCGGAACACCACACGAAGACCCCGUAGCAUACACACAUCAAUGCGAAGUGCGCCUGGCGUGCAGCGGGAUAACCAUCGACGAGUGGCCUGAGAACACCAGCGAACGGUUGCGGGGACCCGCCCACGAAUGGUGGCAACGAUGGGGUCGGGCCGACAUGGAAUGGUCAGAGUUCACCGAAGCCCUCAACCACCGUUUCAACGCCGGGUCUACACUGGUACAAUGCACCUCACAAUUUUACAGUAGCACACAGCGAGAAGGGGAACCUGUUGAAGAAUUCAUAGCCCACAAGAUACAGCUAUUCCGCCGGAUAUCGCCACUCGUAGAACCGAUCAGGGCACUACCCACGAUCACACUACUACUCAGAGACGAACUCCAGCCUCUCCUACGCAUAAGCCGCGCCACCUCCGUCGAAGACUACGUCCAACUGGCAGUGGCCACAUAA